AUGGGAGAACCGUUCUUGGCCACGGGUAGUGUCGACAUUAUCGACAAGGCCAUCACACUGGCUGGGGAGCUGGUGGCGGAGAGCACCUCAUUCAAAGUCUCAGGGCUUGAACCUCUCUCAUUGCACAUGAAGCAAUUGAGGUCAGACCCGAUAAAUCCCUCCAGCAGGAUAGAGCCGGAUACCGAUUCUGCAGAUAUGAGCCACCCUGAUCGACCGGCAGCGCUGAGCGAGCUAGGCAGCUAUUUGAACUAUCGGUACCUUCGAUUUGGGGGGCUGGAGGACCUUAAGAUGUCUAUCGCGUACUUGGAAGAAGCAGUGACGGCAGCUCCGACAAAGCACCCCUAUCGACCAGCCAUGCUGAACAACUCAAAUAGCCCAUCACCCGUUGCGGGGACAUCUGAUCCGAACAAGACCAAUGUCGAUUCGGUGACGUCGUCUUAUCUCGUGAUGCAUUACGAGUAA